AGUGUACACCCCGUGGGCCUCCGCCUGUCAUCCUCAAGCAGAUUGUUUGUUGCCAAGAUGGAGUUCUUACUGGGGAAUCCGUACAGUACUCCGGUGGGUCAAUGCAUAGAGAGGGCCACCGACGGAGGCCUACAGAAUGAAGACUGGGCCCUCAACAUGGAAAUCUGCGACAUCAUCAAUGAGACAGACGAGGGACCAAAAGAUGCCAUGCGAGCACUGAAGAAACGACUCAGUAGCAACAAGAAUUACCGUGAAGUCAUGCUGGCACUAACGGUUGUGGAGACAUGUGUGAAGAACUGCGGCCACAGGUUUCACGUUCAGGUGGCCCACAGAGAUUUUAUCGAUGGCGUUUUGGUCAAAAUCAUCUUGCCCAAGGCGAAUCCUCCAACAAUCGUGCAGGACAAAGUGCUGUCGCUCAUACAGGCCUGGGCUGAUGCAUUCAGGAGUAGUCCUGAUCUUACCGGGGUGGUCCACAUCUAUGAAGAACUGAAAAGGAAAGGCAUCGAGUUCCCCAUGGCAGAUCUGGAUGCAUUAUCUCCCAUCCACACGCCACAGCGGGGCACCCCAGAGGUGGACCCGGCCAUGAUCAAGUACCUCGCCCCUGCAGCCACUAGCACCGCUGCUUCUGCGUCUCCUAAACCUGCCACAAACUCUCCUGCCACUCACGUCUCGCCACACGGUCCCAUCACCGCAACCCCUGAGCAGAUCGCCAGGUUACGUAGCGAGUUGGACAUAGUGAGAGGAAACAUUAAAGUUUUGUCAGAGAUGCUCACAGAGAUGGUGCCGGGCCAGGAGGAUCACUCCGAUCUAGAACUGCUACAGGAGCUUCACCGGACAUGCAGAGCUAUGCAGCAGCGAGUCGUCGAACUGAUCUCCCGCGUGUCUAACGAGGAAGUGACAGAGGAGCUGCUGCACGUCAACGACGACCUCAACAACAUUUUCCUCCGCUACGAGAGGUAUGAGAGGUUCAGGACGGGAAGAGGUGCUCAGAGCAAAGGGAUGUUGACAGAGGCCACAGAUGACAACCUGAUAGACCUGGGUCCAGGCUCCCCUGCUGUGGUCACACCCAAAAUCACAUCCAGCUCGCCCCCUCACAGCACUGCAGGGCCCACUGCCUCUCCAGCCCCUCACCCUGCCGCAGCCUCACUCUCCUCUGCAUUGGCUGGCCUUGAUGUGGGCCCUGCCAGUCUCCCAAGCCGCAAACAAGAUGACUUUGACAUGUUUGCCCAGACCAGGAGCAGCUCUCUGGCUGAGCAGCGGAAGAAUGUCAAGUAUGAGGACCCUCAGGCUCUGGGCGGUCUGGCCUCGGCUCUGGAUGUCAGACAGCAGAACACAGGAGGGCUGAGGGUAAAAGGGGAUGAUAACCCAGCAGAUCAGGAGCUGCCCAUAGACAGCUGGCUUAUUACCCAAGGAAUGAUCCCUGUAUCGCAGUCCUCUGUCAUGGAUGACAUAGAGGAGUGGCUCUGUGCUGACGUGAAAGGUGAUACUGCAGAUGAAGGCGUAACCAGUGAAGAGUUUGACAAGUUCCUGGAGGAGCGAGCGAAGGUGGCAGACACAUCACCUCCCAUGGCUAGCCCGGCUCAUCCUGCCCCCACCCCUGUUGGAUCUCAGAAGAAGGCCGAACAAACGGAAGAUGCCCUCUUUGCCUUGUAGACUCGUCUCGAGUAUCUCAUUCACUCUCUUUGGGGGGGGGGGGUUGUCUGACGACCCUCAUCUUGAAUGAUUCUUCCUAAGAAUGGUCCUCCAGUCCUAUUUUAUCAACUAAACAGAGGUCCGCGGGUUAUAAGAUAAUACCAUUCGUGGAUGUAUUGAUCUGUUAAUGUGGGAUGUAGUGAUGCCUUACAUCUCAUUUGUUGUGCUCCACCAAAAGAUUGAUGGCCCAACUUGCGAGACAUGAUUUGUUGAUGUAAACUGCAGCAUCGCUGACAAUAUCAUGGGCGAAUUACUAAUGUAUGCAUUCAUCCUUUUAAUGGUUAAAUGGUCUGUACUAUGCACAAGUGCUGUGCUUAUGGUCGUGCAUUUCCAUUAUUUCCCCCAUAAUUAUUUUCAGUAUUAUUAUAUUCAAUGUCUUGUAAUGCUUUUAAUACCGAACUAGGCUUGGAGUUUGACGAGAGAGAGAAGUAAUCCAAAUAUGAGCAGCGUCUUAAAAAGCUGUGUUUGCCAGCAAACCUAUAACCAAAGGGAAUAUAAUACUGUUAGAUGUGUUUAGAAGAGUUGCAUUUAACAUCUAGAACUAUUCCAAACAAACAUUUUGUCAUUCCCAACAAGAAUUUGGGCAAUCCUUCAAAAAUAUAGCUUAAUAACUUGCAGUGCGUCAAUUCCUGUGCACUUUGAAGCAAAAAAAAAAAAAAAAAGUGUUUUGUGUUUACAAGAUGCUUACUAUUUUUCUAGGGAAAGGGAAAUAUUCUUUAGAAUAACUUUAUUUUGCACAUAACUUUUUUAAAAUUCUAGACUAGACUAGAAUAGAACAGAAAUGACAGGAAAUUUCAGAUGUAUUUGAAACCAAUAAUCAACAUAUAUAAAAUACAAUACAUAUACAACAAUAUGCUAUUAUUGGAUCCUCGCUAUAUUAUGUCAUCUAUAUACCUCAAACUACAGAAAUGUGUCAUUCUGUACUUAGAGUUAAUUGUAAUAUCGUGAAAGAAGGGAGAUGUGUAUUAUGUGUUCCCCUGUUUUUGAGAAAAAAUAUUUGUUACUUGUCAUUUGGUGUUUGUGAUGAUGACUGAUUUCAAACAAAGCAGAUCAAGACGAUAAAGAAUGUCUUUGGUAUUCCGAGGGUCCCCAAAAAUCAAUCCUGUCUUAAUACCAGCCCUUUUGACUCUUUCUGAUUUGGUCUUAUUUUGCUCUGCACUUCAAAUAUAUGUUUCUAAUUUUUGCAGCAUGAGACCAAAACGUGGGAAAAUAACCUGCCUACCUAAUCAGUAUCAGUAGAUGUAUUUAACUGAUUAGUUUUCAUCCAGCUUUUACUUUGUUUUGUACUUGUUGAACUUGAGAACAACGUAUAAUAUUAACAAUCAUGUUACUAUACAGGCUUAAAAACUAAAUGGCACUUCAUGUUGUCUUAAUGUAUUUCUGGACCUUUUAACAGUUACGUGUUGAUUGCAGCAUGGAGUCUUCAAAAAAAACAACAAAAAAAACAAACCCUCAUCAGGUUCUGUCACUAAGUAUGUUUCACAACAGACAAAGCAGAACAUAGCAAACUGUCGAUGUUGGUUUUCAGUUUGUGGAUGUGUCUGUUGGCUGCCAUUGCUGAUUGUCAGGUCUCUGUGUGACAUUAUGCGCGUACAAUAUGUAACUGCCCAAAUAAAACACUAGCAAUGUAAGACCUCUACCUCAAAACGUUUUU